AUGCUUAAAAGAGCUGGAGGGGACAGAGGCUGGGGAGAACCCGGGGAGACCCGCAGACACACAGAAACCAAAGAGACAGAAGAGGAGAGAGACAGAGACAAAGAGACAGCAGAAGGAGGCAGAGACAGGGCAGGCACUGAGGCAUAGCCAGACAGCUGUGCAGAGGGAGAAGCCAGGGAGACACAGACAGGCAGAGACAAAGACCCAGGAGAGAAGGCACAGGAGGGAGUUUUGGAGGAGAGAGACCCACUUUUCCUGAGCCCAGGGGCUGUUUUGUUUUGUUUUGUUUUGUUUUGUUUUGUUUUUUAUCUUCUCUGAACAUCCCUAGCCACUCUAAAAACUUCGUCUCCAAUUUUGGCACAAGUCCGAGCCCCUCUGUCUUUAACGAGGAGCCUUCCACAGUUAGGGUGUGGAGGAUUUGGUGUCUCAGAUGGCCUCAAUCCACUCCAGCUGCAGCACCGGUACCAUGUCCCAGAUGGGCUGGCAUCCCAGGAGGGGCUUGACUGGGCACCGGCUGCGAAGAAUCCAACCCUGCUUGCCGCUUCACACUGCGUCUUUCUCUGGUCUGGAGAGGUGGCUGCUGCUGCUGGCCUCCCUCCUGCCCUUAGCCUGGUCAGCCAGCCCCAUCCCCCGGGAGGAGGAGAUCGUGGUUCCAGAGAAGCUCAAUGGCAGCGUAUUUCCUGGCUCAGGCAUCCCUGCCAGGCUGCUGUACCGCUUGCCAGCCUUUGGGGAGAUGCUGCUACUAGAACUAGAGCAAGACCCUGGGGUGCAGGUCGAGGGGCUGACAGUGCAGUACCUGGGCCAGGCACCUGAGAUGCUGAGUGGGGCAGAGCCAGGUACCUACCUGACUGGCACCGUCAAUGGAGAUCCGGAGUCGGUGGCAUCUCUGCACUGGGACGGGGGAGCCCUACUAGGAGUGUUGCAGUACCGGGGGGCUGAACUCCACCUCCAGCCUCUGGAGGGAGGCACCCUUAACUCUGCUGGGGGACCAGGGGCUCACAUCCUACGCCGGAAGAGUCCUGCCAGCAGCCAAGGUCCCAUGUGCAACGUCAAGGCUCCUUCUGGGAGCCCCAAUCCCAUUCCCCGAAGAAGCAAGCGCUUUGCUUCUCUGAGUAGAUUUGUGGAGACACUGGUGGUGGCAGAUGACAAGAUGGCAGCAUUUCAUGGUACAGGGUUAAAGCGCUACCUCCUGACAGUGAUGGCCGCAGCAGCCAAAGCCUUUAAGCACCCAAGCAUCCGAAACCCCGUCAGCUUGGUGGUGACUCGCCUAGUGAUUCUGGGCUCAGGCCAGGAGGGUCCCCAAGUGGGACCAAGUGCCGCCCAGACCCUGCGCAGCUUCUGCAACUGGCAGCAGGGCCUCAACACCCCUGAGGACUCAGAUCCUGAGCACUUUGACACAGCGAUUCUGUUCACCCGUCAGGACCUGUGUGGAGUCUCUACUUGUGACACCCUGGGUAUGGCUGAUGUGGGCACGGUGUGUGAUCCAGCUCGGAGCUGUGCUAUCGUGGAGGAUGAUGGACUUCAGUCAGCCUUCACUGCUGCUCAUGAACUGGGCCAUGUCUUCAACAUGCUCCACGAUAACUCUAAGCCCUGUGUUAAUUUGAAUGGGCAUGGGGGCUCCUCUCGCCAUGUCAUGGCUCCUGUGAUGGCCCACGUGGAUCCUGAAGAGCCCUGGUCCCCCUGCAGUGCCCGCUUCAUCACUGACUUCCUGGACAACGGCUACGGGCACUGUCUCCUAGACAAACCAGAGGCUCCCCUGCAUCUGCCAGCGACUUUUCCUGGCAAGGACUAUGACGCUGACCGCCAGUGCCAACUCACCUUUGGGCCUGACUCACACCAUUGUCCACAGCUGCCACCACCCUGCGCUGCCCUCUGGUGCUCUGGCCACCUCAAUGGCCACGCCAUGUGCCAGACCAAGCACUCUCCCUGGGCUGACGGAACUCCCUGUGGAUCCUCGCAGGCCUGCAUGGGUGGCCGCUGUCUCCACGUGGACCAGCUCAAGGACUUCAAUAUUCCUCAGGCUGGAGGCUGGGGUCCCUGGGGACCGUGGGGUGACUGCUCCAGGAGCUGUGGGGGUGGUGUUCAGUUCUCCUCCCGGGACUGCACCAGGCCCGUCCCCCGGAAUGGUGGCAAGUACUGCGAGGGCCGCCGGACCCGCUUCCGCUCCUGCAACACUGAGAACUGCCCGACCGGUUCAGCACUGACCUUCCGGGAAGAGCAGUGUGCUGCCUACAACCACCGAACUGACCUCUUCAAGAGCUUCCCAGGGCCCAUGGACUGGGUCCCCCGCUACACAGGGGUAGCUCCACGAGACCAGUGCAAGCUCACCUGCCAGGCCCGGGCACUGGGCUACUACUAUGUGCUGGAGCCACGGGUGGCGGAUGGAACUCCCUGCUCCCCAGACAGCUCCUCUGUCUGUGUCCAGGGCCGCUGUAUCCACGCCGGCUGUGACCGCAUCAUUGGCUCCAAAAAGAAGUUUGACAAGUGCAUGGUGUGCGGUGGGGAUGGUUCUAGCUGCAGCAAGCAGUCAGGCUCCUUCAAAAAAUUCAGGUACGGGUACAGCGAUGUGGUCACUAUCCCCGCCGGGGCUACCCAUAUCCUUGUUCGGCAGCAGGGUGUUUCUGGCGUCAAGAGCAUCUACCUAGCCCUGAAGCUUGCGGACGGUUCUUACGCCCUCAACGGUGAAUACACGCUGAUGCCCUCCGCCACAGAUGUGGUACUUCCUGGGGCAGUCAGCUUGCGCUAUAGCGGGGCCACAGCAGCCUCGGAGACACUGUCUGGACACGGGCCGUUGACCCAGCCCUUGACGCUGCAGGUCCUGGUGGCUGGCAACCCACAGAACGCACGUCUGCGGUACAGUUUCUUCGUUCCCCGGCCAGUCCCUUCAACACCACGCCCUCUUCCCCAAGACUGGCUGCACCGCAGGGCGCAGAUUCUGGAGAUCCUUCGGAAGCGUCCCUGGGCAGGCAGGAAAUAACCUCACUGUCCCGGCUGCCCUUUUGGGGCACCGGGGCCUCGGACUCAUCUGGGAGAAUGAGGGGGCUUCUGCAGCUGCCUCGUGCUAAAACACAGUAGGGAGGUACUGUAGAGGGUGAGACCCUACACUGCAGGCUGGCCCUGCUCUGGCUUCCUGCCCUGGGAGGCAGUGAUGUGUUAGUGAAUGGAAAGGGGCUAGGUGACAGUCCCUUAUCUAAACUGGCCCCUCUGCCCUGCAGGUCACAGGAGGGAGAGGGGAAGACAGGAUGGGACCUGGGUCCCCGUUGUAUUUAUUUAGUAUUUAUUCACUUUUAUUUAGCACCAGGGAAGGGGUUUAGGGUCUUGGGGGAAACUCACCCAUUUUAGCCCCACCCUAGGCUAUGAAAUUCAGGGUGGCGGUGGCAAAUAUAAGUGGUGUGUGUGAGUGUUUGAGUGUGUGUGUGUGUGUGUGUGUGUGUGUGUGUUUAUAUAUGAGGUGCAACCUGCCUUCCUUACCCCUCCCUGAAUUUUUUUUCUGGGAAAGGGAGAACCGAAGGUGGGACUGGCCUUCAGGGAGUGAGGGAUUAUCAUAUUUUUAAAUGUACAAAUUGAAGUCUGCUAUUUAUAUGCUCCUUUUGGAGUCAGACAAAUGUGGGUUGUACUUUGGCCCCACAUCUUUGAGCAUUAGCUUUCUCAUGUGCCAAUAAUAAUACCUCCCUUAGAAAUUUGUUGUAAGGAUUAAAUAAUGUAAAUAAAAAAAACUAGCAGAAUGCCUCACGCUCAGUAGGUCCUCAACAAAUGGCAACGGCUCUUACUGUCAUCGUUGUUCUUCCCACCCUCACCCUCCACGGAGACUCUGCUCUGCACUUCAAGUCCACAGGGAUCCGUGUCGUUUGAGCCUAUCUUCACUCCCAGGCUCAGAUCCUUUGCUUGGCAGUACACAGACUAUCAGGUGGCAAUCCUGUCCAACACCUCUGUAGGCACAUAAUCACCAGAAGUAGACACGAUAAACACUUGGCAAGGAUGGGGAACAAAGACAUGAAGGUACAAAAGCAAAACAAUGCCAGCAACACAAAUAGGUGCUUAGUUGUAAGAGUGGUGGUUGAAGGGGUGGGGAAGGGAUGCUGGAGUAGCGUCCUGACACCCCAGGAGGUGAUGGAUCUGAAUGUGAGCUAGGAUUCAGUGUCUUGUGACCUGGGUGAUGUUGGGUAAGUCACUGACACACAGCCUUGGAUUACAAGUACGUGCAAUGGGGCCAAUGGUAACUGCUCUGACAGCAUUGCUCUGUGCUCAAGGAUUUUCAAACAGUAAAGGCUAUUGUAACACGAGAGAUGACCUUUGUGAGGACUGGCUGAGACAGUGACUCCAGAAUCAAUCAGUGUCAGCUCAACAGACUUCUUGGAAGAUGUGAGGUUAGAAUGGAAUUCAGUGAGAGGAACAGGAUGUGGUCUGGUAGGUCCCAGACAGCAAGGCAAAGAAGGAAAAAAAGCAUCUGAGAAGAGUGAAGCCAUCUGUUGAGCAGCGGCAGAAUGUGAGGAAAUACUGCUCGGAAAUGGAUCUCCUUUCCUUGAGAAAUAACCUCGUCAGUCUUGUGUGUGUGAGGGGUGGGCAAAGGGGUCAGUGCAGAAAUUUGAAUGUUAUGUGGCAGACGCAGAGGUGCUAGGGAUUGGGAAAGGGACUAAAUGUUGAGGUAGAAAGGAGCUUUAGGUAGAGAAGACCCUGAGGUGAGGAUGGACUGUGGAGGAACCAAAGGCAUCUUGCUCAGCCAUAGCACCUUCAAUGGGAACUGCCGGAUAUGGCUGAGAGGCACGCACAGAGGUUACAGCCAUUUGUGUGUGCGGCAUACAUCAGGACUAGGCCUUGCCAAUCAAGUUCUAUAUGAUGCAGGGCUUUACAGAGUAUCCUGUUCUUUACAGCUCCAAGUACUGCUUACUGCAGCAGUGAGGGAAGGGCUGGCCACACUCCUCUCUCUAACAAGCUUGACUCCCCCUGCUGUGCUUACUCUCUGGUGGAUCUCGUCCUUCUCCCAACCAGGCAGGGGGAGGCAGGAGCAGGAGAGCGGGAUGAAACUAAAAGGAUCUAGCUGGUAAGGUUAGACCAACAAUAUGUUCAUGGAAGUAAAUACCAAGAACUCAUGGUACCAGCAGAGCUCUGUUGAAGUGGGGUAAAAUAAAAGCAGAAAUUGAUAUGUGACCAUGUACUUAAAAAGCUCACUUUGCGUCCUGGGGAGGAAGUUAGGCAUUACAUGUGCACAAAGAGAAGUGAUGGGACAGUAUCAUGUAGCAAGGAGCUACAUGAUAAGGGCAAGAUGGACUUUGCCUGGGACCUGAGCACUAUGCGUCUCAUGGAGGAGAAGCCUUGGUUAAGAGUAGGUCAUUUUGGUAGCCCUUCUCAUAUUUCCUUAGGGUUCUUGGCAAUUGACUUCAUAAAUCACUCCAACACAUGUUAUUUUAAAGAAGAACCACUCUGCUCACCGGGUAGAGUUCCUACUGACACAGAGAACAUUUCUCCUUGGGAGGUGGAAACAGGAGGAACAGGAUCUCAGCCAGCCUUUGCUGAUACAUCUUAGUAAAUUUAAGGCUAUUUUGGCUACAUGGAACCUUGUCUCAAAAGAAGAGGAGGUGGUAGAGAAAUUUAUUUUCUCCAAAAAGGCGUUGAAAGAUAGAGAAUUGGCUCAGCAGUUAAGAGCACUGGCUGUUCUUCCAGAGAACCCAAGCUUGAGUCCCGGCACCCACAUGGCAGCACACAACUCCAGUUCCUGGGCAUCCAAUCCUCUCUUCUGGCGUCUGUGGAUACCGGGCAUGUGGAACACAGACAUACAUGCAGACAAAAUACUGAGAUCCAUAAUGUAUAAGUAAAUAAAUAAACAUGUAAGAUGUUCAGUGUAAAGGCUGCUUACGUGGUGAUUGUGUGGGUGCGUUUGUAUAGUGGAAGGGGUCAGAGAGAACCAGCUCUUCAAAAAGAUGAGUAUCCCAGCCCUCAACGGCAGUCAACACCUGACUCUUCAGAAAUGAUCUUCCCUAUCCCGCCUCUCCAGAGCCAGGAGAUAAGCUCCACAUAAUACCUCUCCUGAAGUCAAGUGUCCAACGAGCUCUUGCUAGAAAUGGAGGUGAGGUACUGACCUCUCUGCGUUUGGCCCAGAUGAGCUCCAUCUACUCCGAGGUUUUGAGCUAUGAUGUGGUAUAGAAGCAAAAGCAGAAAGAGGGAAAACAAGAAGAAAGCGGGUGCUGACGCCGCUCAGGUAUCUGUCUGUAAAGACAGAAGGCAGGAACAGCGAGGGGCUUGGAAAUGGAGAGACAGUGAUUGACAAGAGGUGGAACCCUAAAGAAGUGCAGGAAGAGUUUGGGCUAUCUCAGUUCACGAGAUGGCCAAUGCUAGGCAUAAGGGUUCUUCUGAGCUGGGAAGGAGACUGCAGCAAUACAGGAGUUGGAUCAGCUUCCUCAAACCCUUCCUGCCUGCCCCAGGCUUUCUCACUUCUGUGGUUAGAACAGAGGAAAUCUGGGCUUUUGUCCAGUCACUAUUUUUGUGGUAGAGAAAGAGCCAGGGUUUCUGGAGAGUGCUGUAGAAUGGGCGUUUAUUUUUCCUCAUGAAUUCUAGCUCCACUUCUGUCCUCUUCAUACUGUAUUUCUCUCUCUCCUCUCUCUCUCUCUCUCUCUCUCUCUCUCUCUCUCUCUGGAUUGACAGUGAUAAAAGCAGUAUAUCAUUGGUCAGAGCUUGUCAGGGAAGGAGGAGCAAGGGAAUGGAUUCAAAGGAUUAACAUGUUAUUGGCUACGAGAAUGAUGCUUCUGAGCCAAUUGAAUACCUUCCCCAUUGACUGUUGCUGGGGGAAAGCCAAACUCUUUGGCAGCAAGAGCAACCAGCUGACAGCUGGAGGAAACUGCCAGUUCUAAAUAUGCUCAAAAAGAGGGGAGUAAGAGGAGGUGGGGAGCAACAAUACUCAACAACAUCCUCAGACAGGACCUUAUAUGGGGACAGGCUCAGAGUUCUUAAUUAGCCCUGGGAAGGAUGGUGUGUGUGUGUGUGUGUGUGUGUGUGUGUGUGUGUGUGUAUGUGAGUGAAAGUAUAUUUAAGCAUCCAUUAUAGUCUUCAACUAACAAAAGGCCUCAUGAGCUUUCACAAACAGUGACACACACUUUUAUAGAGACAUGUUAGGUACAUUCUCUUGAUAAUAUAUACACAAAAAUGCAUGAAAGAGAGAAAGGGGAGAAGAAGAUGUGGAGGAGAAAAAGGGAGAGAGAGAGAGAGAGAGAGAGAGAGAGAGAGAGAGAGAAGGGGAAAUGAAU